CCAGCAGCAAGUGAAAGACGGGGUUGCAGCAUGCAUGCAUGCAAAGGCCGAACAAUCGGCGUUAAGCAUUGACAAGAUGAUGUCAGCAAAAUUUCGGCCGGAAGUCGGUGACUGCAUUUUGCUGCUCCAUCCGUUAGCAUCGUCAGCCACACCGUCUGACCUCCACGCUCUCUGUAGUUAUACCCCUGCCUGACACCAGCCUCAAUACGUCUCUACUUUCAGUCUGCCUGGGAACUUCUUUGUUGGUUGGCUUCAAGUUAAAGCCCUCGAUCAUCACUGCCACCGAUACAGCCUCAUCGUGCUCCUCUGGAAGACUGUUGUCUCUCCCAACGAGCGCACAACGCUGGCUUCUUUCCAACAGAAAACAUCCCUGAUAUUGAAUGACCUGGAUCUCUACUACACACAGGAUUGCAUAGGAUUUCUUCUCUUAAGAUCUACGUCUCGGGUUGAGACCUCUCACACCCCUGCAAAAUCUCAAGGAAGUUGACAACCAGUCAUGGCCUCCUUUGCAACGCCCCUGCCGCAGUCAAGCCGGUCUGAGGUCCUCGAGUGGCGCUUCCCGAAACCGUACCAUCAAUACGUCCUGACUGGAAAAUCACGAGCGGCAUGGCAUACCUCAUUCGUCAUACCUCAGCUCAACCUCCUCCUUGACGCGGGCCUCGUCGUCAACAACCUACGGCCCAAGCACAUCUUUAUCACGCACGGCCAUGCCGACCACUGCUUGCUCAUUCCUGCCUUCACCAAGCGGGAAGAUCCGCCAGACGUCUUCUGUCCCGUUGAGAUGAAGAAGGCCCUUGAAGACUUCAUCCUGGCCAAGACGCUCCUCAACCGUGGCGGGCUGUACACGAGCGACGAUGCAGAGUCGCUAGGGCUGCCGUUGGACGGCAUGGGCAUGGACGACGAGGGGCGCACAGAAGGUGAGAGGGCGUUUCUGGGAACCCACAAGACGACAGCCGUUAGGCACGGAGACGUCGUCCCGCUGCGGAGGCUGAAGGGCAUGAACGCCAUGGUGGUGCAGUGCGACCACAACGUGCCGAGCGUCGGCUACGUCUUUACGACGACGACUCACAAGUUGAGGCGCGAGUACACCGCCCUGCCCGGCCCGGAGCUGAAAAGCCUCCGGCUGUCGGGCGUGGAGCUGACGGCGCCCGUUACGACGCCCGUCUUCGCCUUUCUCGGCGACACCACGGCGUCGACGCUCGCCGCCGAGCCCGAGUGGCUGCGGCAGGGCAUCCCCGUCGUCAUCACCGAGUGCAGCUUUCUGUACGACGAGCAUGACGCCCAGGCGGAGAAGACGAAGCACACCAAGUGGAAGGACCUCGAGAAGGUGGUGCGAAAGUGGCCGAAGACGACCUUCAUCCUGACGCACUUCAGCAUGCGGUAUAGCAAUAAAGACGUCGUGGACUUUUUUAAAGGCCUCGAGGACGCGCCGACGAAUAUUGUAGUUUGGGCGGAUGGUCAGCCGGAGUGAGAUGAUCAUUCAACUAGCAUCAUUAGACGAGCCACAUUUCUAACGAUAAGCGACGAUUAAAAAUAAAUGUAUAGACAUAUAAAACCCCUGUUGAAGUAUUGGCGAAUAUGCGGCUUUUAGAGGAUAGUGAGAUAUUGCACACAGUCCAAAACCCGACACAAUGAGAAAUGACCAAGCUCAUGAUACUCUGCUGAGCUGUUUACCACCUCAAUGCCAGAUCA